AGGCGCGUGACGUGGUGUUGUGGCCUGCAGGAAGAAGCAUCACAAACAUCGAGCUACUGAGUGGCGUUUCCAGAAGUUAUUAGUGGCCGUAGGAGGCAACCAUGGCCAAUUUUAACGAAGAUGGGCUGAAAAAGAAACUGGACGACUUGAACAUGUCGCAACAGUCUAUCCAGACGGUGUCACUAUGGCUAAUUCAUCACAAGAAGCAUGCCCACACCGUUGUUAAUGUGUGGUAUCGUGAACUCAUUACUGCUACAGAUUCUCGUAAACUCACUUUCAUGUACCUGGCAAAUGAUGUGAUUCAAAAUAGCAAGAAAAAAGGGCCAGAGUACAACAAGGAGUUUGGCAGCAAAUUAGGCAAAGUGUUUGAACAUCUGGGAGCUCUGCGCUUGGAUGAGAAAUCUUUAAGAGGACUCAACAGAUUACUCAAUGUGUGGGAGGAUAGGAGCGUAUUUGAUGCUGACCACAUCAAGUUAUUCAAAAAGAAUCUAAAUUCCCCUAUAUUGUUUGGGGAAGAGAUAGCACCCAGAGACGUGAUAAAGGAAAAGAAAGAAAAGAGGGGAAGAAAGGAAAGGGAAGGAAAGAAGAAAGAGAAGAAGAGAAGAGGAAGGGACAAGGAUAAAGGACAUGGGAAGUCGAAGGAAAACAAUAGCAGAAAACGAGAGCUUGGUGGAAAACACGAUAAUCCACAAAGCAAAAAGCGGAGGGAUAGUGCAAGCGACGCCAUUCAGCCAUCGACGCCUGAAUCCCGGCUGCGUAGAGAUAGCGAGGGUGACUUGACCCAGUUUGCUGUCUCACCCCAGUCAUCUACACCACCCAGUGAUCCUCCUGAGCCAGAGCAGCUGAUUGAAGCUAUUCAGGAAUUGGAAAAUGCAGCCACAUCUGAUGCUCUUGUUCGUGAAAAGAUUGCCAAUCUUCCUGAUGAAGUAUCUGAUGUAAAUCUUCUGAAUAAACUACAAGAUCUAGCUGCUGGACGAGCUCUAUGUGAUCAGGUGGAAGAAGCACUAUCCAUGCUUGAAGCAUAUAACAAACGCCUGGCAGAGGAGAUGGAGGCAAGAAAAGCUGUGGCUCGCAUGCUUCAUGACUACAUAGCUUUCCAAAAAGAUUUACUUGCUCAAGCAGAAGAGACACUGGAGGAACAUCGUCAGAAACAGGGUAAAGUAAAAAAGGUGAGAGAGGAACUGAAGGCUCAUCUUCAAAACCUGCCAGAUAUAUCCAAGUUACCCAGUAUCAGAAUGGGUGGGCUAGCUCCUCUCCCAUCAGCAGGAGACCUGUUCACGUGAUCCCCCACACACUUGGUAUAUUGGAUUGUGUACCAUUGUGAAUAUUGUGAUAUCUGAUGCCAAGAAUGAUUGGAAAGCUGAGCCUGUUUCCUAGCACUCUGCAUCUAAAACUUAGUACUGUACCGGCGCUGCAGAGUCCAUAUUGGAAUGCAAAAUGUAAAUUCUUUGAAAGUAAGGACAAUGUUGAUAUUUGUCAGAGAAGAAAAGUGUACUAUGUAAAUAUAAGUGAACUUGUCUG